AUAUAAUGGAGGGUGUUGAUGAUGUGAUUCUGAAGAUGAUGAUUAUAAUCACAAUUAUGUUAACUAUAUUCCAUAAUACCACUACUACUACUGCCUCUUAUUAUUCAUCAAUUUAUUCUAAUUCUUCUUCUUGUGGAAAUAUCCAUAAUAUAACCAAACCUUUCUACCUCAUCACAAAUACAGACGAGUGCAUCUAUUCGACUCCGAUUUGUGUGGUUCCGAUUUGUGUGGUUUGCAUGAACAACACUACCCUCGUCCUCACAUCAGAAUCAGAUGAGUAUCCUUACAAUUUCACAGUUGUGGGAAUCAAUUACAACGACUACACAAUUAGAGUUGAGUACCCAAAUCUCCACAACAACAACCAUGAUUGCUCCUCCAUCCCUAACCAAUACGACAUGAAUCUGCUCAGCACAGAUUCUGAAUUGGAAAUAGUAACCAGGAUUGGAGAGGAUGGGUUGUUUCGGUGGAGAAAAUUCAAAACUUACCCGAUUUCGGAGUACAUAAUAUUCUUAAUCUGUGAAAACAAGGUGUACAACAAUCCUCUUUACAUAGACCCAUCUCCUUGCAUAAAUAUCUCUACUUUUGGGUUCGGGUCUGGAUCUGGGUUCGUGUACGUGGUGUACGCUUCUGGGUUCAAGUAUUCUGAUUUGGGUAACUCUUGCCGACUACUCCAGUCGGCCCUCGUAUCUGUGAGGACAGAUGAGGAGAAGAAGAGGCUUAAUACAUCCUACAAACACAAGAUUAACUGUAUUGUCCCUCUUCUAUAGAUGCAAUCAUAAUUAACUAUACUGUACCGUUUCUGCAUUGAUAGAAAUAUAUCUUUAUGUAGCAUAGUCGAGCACCACUUACUUUUCAUCUUGGUAUAAAAUUAUUCGUUUUGGACAAAAGUCUCAAUAUUUUAUUCUUGGAAUUCACCCCGAAAGACCUCAUACCAAUUGAAGACUUUGUCGGUCAUGUAUUUAAACUCUAACUCCUCUCAAGCAACAAUCUACCGAGAGCCUCCCCUCAAAUAAUCUUUUAUCCAUCGAGUCUAUCAAUCUCGAGAGCCUUCUUUUUCUCUAUCUAGGUCAUCUCUCUUCUUUCACCCAGAGCAAACCAACAGUCUGAUAGAACUCAACCGUGAUCUUUCUUUCGGUGGCUUCACCCAUUUUGUUUGGGGUUAUCUGGAAUCUUAACUCUGAUACCACUUGUAGAAUUGUCGGACUCCACUUAUUCUUCAUUUUGGUAUGAUAUUGGGUCAAGCCCUUUCGAUUUUGCUCUUGGGUUUCAUCCCAAAAAGGUCUCAUACCAAUUGAAGAAUUUUUCCUUGUAUUUUAAACUCUAAGUACACUUGUUACUUUAAUUUAUGUAGGACUUUAG